AUGGCCCGGACGGCCUCCUCGCUCUUCCUGGCCCCGUCUCUCUCCCCUUCAGUCGCCGCCAAGCCGGCACCCCUCUUCUCUCGCCGCCGCCUUCUCUCCCCCUCGCCGUCUUCUUCGCUUCCCUCCCGCCCCAAGCCUCUGAGCUUGUCGCCGCGGGCUACCUGGCAGGCGGCGGAGUUGGAGAAGGGGGACGCCGCUGCGGAGCCUGCGGGCCCCUCGGCGCCGGCUCCUCCGUCCCUCCCCUUCCGCGUGGGCCAUGGAUUCGACCUCCACAGGCUCGAGCCGGGCUUGCCCCUCAUCAUCGGCGGGGUCAGCAUCCCUCAUGAUCGGGGAUGCGAAGCCCAUUCUGAUGGUAUUUUCAGAGGCCUUUCUUCCCCCCUCUCCUCAUCAGUGCGCUGCCGCAAUGCUGCAGAUCGUUGACUAGCUGUUCGGAAACAUGCGAUGCAGGUGAUGUCCUCCUGCACUGUGUAGUGGAUGCGAUACUGGGAGCCCUGGGGCUUCCCGACAUCGGCCAGAUCUUCCCCGACAGUGAUCCCAAGUGGAGGGGGGCCGCUUCGUCUGUUUUUAUCAAGGAGGCGGUGAGUCUCGCGCUCCUUCCUCUCCUCUGGACAUGAAUUCGUUCUUUUAAUCAUUGGACUAAAAUAGUUUUGCUCAAUCACCGUUUCAUCAUUCGUUCUAAGGACGCUCUAAAAUAGCAGAAUCAUUGACUCUGUCUACAAUCUCAUCAAAAGCUUCAUGAUCAAGGGAUUGUCAAACAUGGGUCCGCGCUGUUUCCUCUCCUCUGGACAUAAAUUCGUUCUUUUAAUCAUUGGAUUAAAAUACUUCUGCUAAAAUACCGCUUCUUCAUUCGUUCUAAGGACGCUCUGAAAUAGCAGAAUCUUUAGAUCAGUUGAACACAGUUACUCAUUAUAUCCAUCGAAAGUUAACGGCUCUUUCUACAAUCUCAUCAAAAGCUUCAUGAUCAGGAGGGGGAUUAUUAAAUAUGGGUUCCAAAAAAUUCCGUUUCUGACCCUUCAAAUGCGCAUUUUCCAUCAUUAUUCGCAUCCUCUUGCACAUACGAGAACACGGAAUUCAUAUAAAAAAAAAAAGUGUGGCGAGCGAUUUAUUCCUUAUUUGGUUACCUGGGUAGUGAGCAUAAUCUUUGCUUUUGAGGCAUUUAACUUCUUAAGGGGGGAUCCAUCAUCUUAUGCGAGAAGCACGUAACUAAUUGAUCAUAGGAUCAUCCUUGCAUAUCAUUGCUUCUCUUCACCCCCACCCUAAAUGGAAAACAAGAGACAAAUUAUCACUAGAUCUUAUCAAUUUUUUCUACCAAAUUAAGUCGUUUAAAUCUAACUAAUUGAACAUGGUAUGAUCCUAAAAAUAUCACUACACACACAUCCCCCGUCAAAAAAGGGAAAUCCCAUCAUCAUCUGGUUUUUUUCAUGAAUAUUUCUGCCAAAUUAAUUACCUAAAUAUAGCAGCAUCAACAGAACAAGGUCUAAUUACCAUGGAUGGAUGAAUCAUGGACAUGAAUGUGUAUGAUUUAUUGAUUAGCAGUGUAUUAUUUUCAAUUUCAGGUUCAGCUCAUGCACAAGGCGGGGUAUGAGCUUGGAAACCUAGAUGCCACAUUGAUCCUGCAAAAGCCCAAGGUGAGCCCUCACAAGGAGGCCAUAAGGGCCAACCUAUGCAAUCUCCUUGGGGCUCACCCAUCCGUCGUGAAUCUCAAAGCAAAGACCCACGAGAAGGUCGACAGCCUUGGCGAGAACCGGAGCAUUGCGGCCCACACUGUGGUGCUCCUGAUGAGGAGGUGA